AUGGAUGCCCAGAUAGCUUCCAGUAAUCUAAAGAACAAGGCAGACAAGGAGAUAAGGGAUAAUAGGCCUGACUUAUGCAGGAGUUCAGCUGAGCUUCUAGACUCGUUCAAUGGUAUAGACAGGAGUCAACCUGAAAGUCUGGUCCCUGCAUACAGUUUUCAAGCUGAACUUAAAGUUACCUUUCAGUACUGGCAUAAACCUAUUCUGUCACAGGUUAUGGGAGCCCAGAGUCAAAGCCAACAGGAAACAGGAAACAACUACCCUGAACUUGUUCAGCAGGAACAAACCACUUCUUCUAAUAAUUCAUCUAAGGUGAAUGUCAUUCCACCAAUGCUGACAAAUCCAAUAGUAACACCUUCCAACCUUGCUCAUAACGGCCGUGUGUGCAGCACAUGGGGCAACUUCCACUUCAAGACCUUUGAUGGGGACAUCUUCCACUUCCCUGGGCUCUGUAAUUAUGUUUUUGCAUCCCAUUGCAAUGCUGCUUAUGAGGACUUCAACAUCCAGAUUAGGCGCACAGUGGUGGGAAAUUCUCCAGAGAUUAGUCACAUCACCAUGAAACUUGAAGGUGUAGCUGUUGAACUAACAAAGGAGUCUGUUACAAUCAACAGCAACAGGGUUCAACUGCCAUACAGCCGGUCUGGAAUUACGAUAGAGAGAAGCAACGUUUACAUGAAAGUAAUCAGCAAAAUAGGCAUUGUGUUGAUGUGGAAUGAAGAUGACAGUAUCCUGCUGGAAUUGAAUGAGAAAUAUGCCAAUCAGACCUGUGGGCUUUGUGGAGACUUCAAUGGCAUUCCAAUCUACAAUGAGUUCUAUUCAAACAAUAUUAAGAUGACAGCCUUACAGUUUGGGAAUAUGCAGAAAAUUGAUGGACCAACAGAAAACUGCGAAGACCCUACUUCUUCCCUCCCAAAUAAUUGCACUGAAAAUUUUGGUAACAUAUGCCAGAAAACAUUGACCAGCUCUGCAUUUGCAGAAUGUAAUGAUCUUGUUGAUGUUACCAAGUACAUUAUGGCUUGCCAAGAAGACUUGUGCCGCUCUGAGGUGUCUAAGAACUCCUCGUGUAUCUGUGAUACCUUUGCUGAAUACUCUCGGCAGUGUGCUCAUGCAGGUGGGGAGCCUUUGAACUGGAGAACCUCAAAACUAUGCCCCAAGACAUGUCCUCACAACAUGCAGUACCAGGAGUGUGGCUCUCCUUGCACUGACACAUGCACCAAUCUCGAACGAUCUCAGUUUUGUGAAGAGCACUGUAUGGAUGGGUGUUUCUGCCCGACAGGAACUGUGUUUGAUGACAUCAACAACUCUGGCUGCAUCCCCCUUCAGCAGUGCCACUGUAUUUAUAAUGGCAACACCUACGCUCCAGGAACAUCUUUUUCAGCCCACUGCCAUUCCUGUACCUGUAAUGGAGGUCAAUGGAGUUGCCAAGACCUGCCAUGCUCCGGAAUAUGUUCAGUAGAGGGAGGCUCACACAUUUCCUCAUACGAUAAAAAACAUUACAAUGUCCACGGAGACUGCACUUAUGUCCUGUCUAAGCUCUGUGAAGAUGACCUGUUCACCAUCCUGGCAGAAAUACGCAAGUGUGGCCUAACAGACACUGAGACGUGCUUGAAGACAGUGGCCCUCAGCAUGAAUAAAGGACAAACUCUCAUCGUGGCCAAAGCUGAUGGUGGUGUAUUUGUGAACUCGAUCUACACUCAGCUGCCCUUCUCAGCAGCUAAUGUCACCAUCUUCAGACCUUCAUCAUUCUUCAUUGUUCUGCAUACAAAUUUUGGCCUCCAGCUUGAAAUCCAGAUCACACCCAUCAUGCAAGUGUUUGUGCGACUUGAUCCUAUUUUCAAAGAUCAGACUUGUGGUCUCUGUGGAAAUUUCAAUGAUGUCCAAACUGAUGACUUCAAGGCCAUUACUGGAGUAGUGGAAGGAACAGCAGCAGCAUUUGCUAAUACAUGGAAAACUCAGGCUUCAUGCCCUAAUAUCCAAAAUAGUUUUGAGAACCCUUGUGCACUCAGCAUUGAAAAUGAAAAGUAUGCUCAGUAUUGGUGUGGACUCCUAACCAACAGCAAAGGACCUUUUGCUGAUUGCCACUAUGCAGUGAAUCCCUCAAUUUACCAUACGAACUGCAUGUUUGACACAUGUAACUGUGAAAAGAGUGAGGACUGCCUGUGUGCAGCUCUGUCUUCCUAUGUGAGAGCAUGUGCUGCAAAAGGAAUCCAGCUGAGUGGAUGGAGAACUGAUGUCUGUUCAAAAUACACCAGCUUGUGUCCCAGAUCCCUAAAUUACAGCUAUACCAUCCAUUCCUGUCAACCCACUUGCCGGUCUCUGAGUGAGCCUGAUGUCACAUGCAGUAUCAAGUUUGUCCCUGUUGAUGGCUGCACCUGCAUAAAUGGAACUUACAUGGAUGAUAGCGGCAAAUGCGUGCCUGCUAAUACAUGCCCCUGUUACUACAGAGGAUCUCCCAUACCAUCUGGGGAAGUUGUCCAUGAAAAUGGGCUUGUAUGCACGUGCAUCCAGGGCAAACUGAACUGCAUUGGAGCACCAAAUACAGUUUGUGAAUAUCCCAUGGUCUACUUUGACUGUAGAAACAUCACUGCAGGAACCACGGGAGCAGAGUGUCAAAAAAGUUGCCAUACUUUGGAUAUGCAGUGUUAUAGCACACAAUGUGUAUCUGGCUGUGUGUGCCCAGCUGGGCUUGUGUUAGAUGGGAAGGGUGGUUGUAUUCCUGAAGACGAAUGUCCAUGUAUUCACAAUGAGGCCAUGUAUCAGCCUGGGGAAAAGAUCAAAGUUGACUGUAACACCUGUGUAUGUAAGAAUAGACUGUGGGAAUGUACAAAUAAUCCAUGCAUGGGUACUUGUGCUGUUUAUGGAGACGGACAUUAUAUCACCUUUGAUGACAAAAGAUUCAGCUUCAAUGGAAACUGUGAAUACACACUUAUCCAGAACCACUGUGGGAAGAAUGGCACAGUAAAUGGGACCUUCAGAGUUAUCACUGAAAACAUUCCCUGUGGCAACACUGGGACAACCUGCUCAAAAUCUAUCAAAGUUUUUCUAGAGAGCUAUGAACUGAUACUUGGUGAGGAGAAUGUAAGUGUGGUAAAAAGAGGACAAAAAGGUCAGGUGCCAUUUACAGUCCGCUACAUGGGUAUGUACUUGGUAAUUGAGACCACUGGUGGACUAAUCCUCAUGUGGGACAAGAAAACCAGCAUCUUUAUCAAGCUCAGCCCUGUUUUUAAGGGCCAGAUCUGUGGCCUCUGUGGAAAUUAUGAUGGCAAUGGCAUCAAUGACUUUACUACAAGGAGCCAGUCUGUGGUAGAGAAUGUCCUAGAAUUUGCAAAUAGCUGGAAAGUAUCCUCGAUAUGUCCCGAUGCUGACUGCAUAAAGGACCCGUGUUCUACCAACCCUUAUCGAAAGUCCUGGUCAGAGAAGCAGUGUAGCAUCAUCAACAGCAACAUCUUUGCUGCCUGUCACUCUCAGGUUGAACCAGGAAAAUAUUACCAAGCAUGCGUGACAGAUGCUUGUGCAUGUGAUACUGGAGGAGACUGUGAUUGCUUCUGUACCGCAGUAGCUGCCUAUGCUCAAGCCUGUAGUGAAGUUGGCGUCUGCAUAGCCUGGAGAACCCCAUCAAUCUGUCCACUGUUCUGUGAUUACUACAAUCAACAAGGGGAAUGUGAAUGGCACUAUAAGCCUUGUGGAGCUUCCUGCAUGAAGACCUGUAGGAACCCAAGUGGAAAAUGCCUUCAUAAUGUGACAGGUUUAGAAGGCUGCUACCCAAACUGCCCACCAGACAAGCCAUAUUUUCAUGAGGAUCAAAUGACGUGUGUCAGUCUCUGUGACUGUUAUGAUAAUGAAGAUGGGAAGAUAUAUAGACGGGAUGAAUGUCAGUUAUGUGAAUGCACUUCAGAAGGUUUACAUUGCAAGUUUGAUGAUAAAGCAUGUCACUGCAUUUACGAAGAAAACAGCUAUAAAUAUGGUGAGCUGAUUUACAACACCACAGAUGGAACUGGAUGGUGUUUUAGUGCAACUUGCGAUGUCAAUGGAACAAUAAAUAGAAGCAUGUUUAGAUGUGGCAUCUCAACAACAAUCCCAUUUACGUUUUCUACAAGUCAGCCCACAUCUACUACUGCAGGAAUUAUAACCACAACACCAGUGACAACUGUAUGUGUGAAGAAAAUAUGUACGUGGUCGGAAUGGUACGAUAGCACACAGCCUGAAAAUGGAGAGGACAGCGGAGACUAUGAAACAUUUGAAAAUCUCAGAUACAAAGGAUACAGCGUAUGCAAAAAUCCAAGCAGUGUUGAAUGCAGAGCCAAAGAAUCCCCAGAUAUAUUACUACAAAACCUGAACCAAACUGUAACAUGUAGUCAAAGCACAGGACUGAUAUGCAAUAACAAAGACCAAAAAAAUCAGCACUGCUAUAACUACGAAAUACGAGUAUCAUGCUGUAGUUAUAUACCAUGUUCUGAAAUACAAACUACAACACUAGGAAAAACAACAGCGAUAAAAACAACCACUGCUGCAGAAUCAACACCAUUUACACAAACAAUUGUCACACUACAGACAAAAAUUAAACCAACAGCAAACACACACACCGAAGCCCAAAAAACAGAAGUACCUUCCACAACACCUGAAGAAAGAGAAAGCACAACUUCUCUACCUCAAACUUCAGCCAGAUCAGCAACAUCACAUGUCCCAAUGACAAGUUCACAGCCAAAGACGUAUCCUCCGGAAAGCACCACGUCAGCACCUGAGACUCCAGCAUCAACUACUACUGCCUCCACCCUCCCCACGUCAAAAUGGACAACCACUGAGGGCACAACAGUCAUACAAAAAACCUCGGCCACUCCAACAGAAGAAGGCACCACCACCACCAAGUCCACACCAAGAGCCACCACCACACCCGCCAGCACUGCUCUCACUUCCAGGACCUCUCCUCCUCCAACAGAAGGCACCACCGCCACCAAGUCCACACCAAGAGCCACCACCAGCACACCCGCCAGCACUGCUCUCACCUCCAGGACCUCCCCUCUUCCAACAGCAGGAACAACCACCAUCAAACCCUCACCAACAACACCCAUCAGCACCACCACCUCCGGGACCUCUCCUCCAGCCACAGAAAUCACAACCACCAGCUCACCAAUAACCACCGUGCCCACCUCACCUACAAGCACUGCCACCACCUCCUCCACCAGCUGCCAGCCACGAUGUGCCUGGACACAGUGGUUUGACGUGGACUCCCCUAGCUCUGGCAGCGAGGGAGGAGACAUGGAGACCUUUGAGAACAUCCGAGCUGCCGGCUUCCAAGUGUGUGCAAAGCCUAAAGACAUCGAGUGCCAGGCUGAAAACUACCCCGACACCAGCCUGGAGAACCUGGGCCAGAAAAUUCAGUGCAGCCUCGAUGUGGGGCUGGUGUGCAGAAACGAGGAUCAGAUCAGCAAGUACCCCAUGUGCUUCAACUACCAGGUCAGGCUGUACUGCUGUGACCAGCAACACUGCGAGACAACUGUGGCACCCCCAGGCACCACCACAAGGUCCCCAGCCACACCGUCUCCCACAGAAACCUCCACUCUAACAACUGAGACUCCAGCAUCAACUACUACUGCCUCCACCCUCCCCACGUCAAAAUGGACAACCACUGAGGGCACAACAGUCAUACAAAAAACCUCGGCCACUCCAACAGAAGAAGGCACCACCACCACCAAGUCCACACCAAGAGCCACCACCACACCCGCCAGCACUGCUCUCACCUCCAGGACCUCUCCUCUUCCAACAACAGAAGGCACCACCACCACCAAGUCCACACCAAGAGCCACCACCAGCACACCCGCCAGCACUACUGUCACCUCCAGGACCUCCCCUCUUCCAACAGCAGGAACAACCACCAUCAAACCCUCACCAACAACACCCAUCAGCACCACCACCUCCGGGACCUCUCCUCCAGCCACAGAAAUCACAACCACCAGCUCACCAAUAACCACCGUGCCCACCUCACCUACAAGCACUGCCACCACCUCCUCCACCAGCUGCCAGCCACGAUGUGCCUGGACACAGUGGUUUGACGUGGACUCCCCUAGCUCUGGCAGCGAGGGAGGAGACAUGGAGACCUUUGAGAACAUCCGAGCUGCCGGCUUCCAAGUGUGUGCAAAGCCUAAAGACAUCGAGUGCCAGGCUGAAAACUACCCCGACACCAGCCUGGAGAACCUGGGCCAGAAAAUUCAGUGCAGCCUCGAUGUGGGGCUGGUGUGCAGAAACGAGGAUCAGAUCAGCAAGUACCCCAUGUGCUUCAACUACCAGGUCAGGCUGUACUGCUGUGACCAGCAACACUGCGAGACAACUGUGGCACCCCCAGGCACCACCACAAGGUCCCCAGCCACACCGUCUCCCACAGAAACCUCCACUCUAACAACUGAGACUCCAGCAUCAACUACUACUGCCUCCACCCUCCCCACGUCAAAAUGGACAACCACUGAGGGCACAACAGUCAUACAAAAAACUUCGGCCACUCCAACAGAAGGCACCACCACCACCGAGUCCACACCAAGAUCCACCACCACAUCCACCAUCACUUCCACACCAAGAGCCACCACCACACCCGCCAGCACUGCUCUCACCUCCAGGACCUCUCCUCCUCCAACAGAAGGCACCACCACCACCAAGUCCACACCAAGAGCCACCACCACCACACCCGCCAGCACUACUGUCACCUCCAGGACCUCCCCUCUUCCAACAGCAGGAACAACCACCAUCAAACCCUCACCAACAACACCCAUCAGCACCACCACCUCCGGGACCUCUCCUCCAGCCACAGAAAUCACAACCACCAGCUCACCAAUAACCACCGUGCCCACCUCACCUACAAGCACUGCCACCACCUCCUCCACCAGCUGCCAGCCACGAUGUGCCUGGACACAGUGGUUUGACGUGGACUCCCCUAGCUCUGGCAGCGAGGGAGGAGACAUGGAGACCUUUGAGAACAUCCGAGCUGCCGGCUUCCAAGUGUGUGCAAAGCCUAAAGACAUCGAGUGCCAGGCUGAAAACUACCCCGACACCAGCCUGGAGAACCUGGGCCAGAAAAUUCAGUGCAGCCUCGAUGUGGGGCUGGUGUGCAGAAACGAGGAUCAGAUCAGCAAGUACCCCAUGUGCUUCAACUACCAGGUCAGGCUGUACUGCUGUGACCAGCAACACUGCGAGACAACUGUGGCACCCCCAGGCACCACCACAAGGUCCCCAGCCACACCGUCUCCCACAGAAACCUCCACUCUAACAACUGAGACUCCAGCAUCAACUACUACUGCCUCCACCCUCCCCACGUCAAAAUGGACAACCACUGAGGGCACAACAGUCAUACAAAAAACCUCGGCCACUCCAACAGAAGAAGGCACCACCACCACCAAGUCCACACCAAGAGCCACCACCACACCCGCCAGCACUGCUCUCACCUCCAGGACCUCUCCUCCUCCAACAGAAGGCACCACCGCCACCAAGUCCACACCAAGAGCCACCACCAGCACACCCGCCAGCACUACUGUCACCUCCAGGACCUCCCCUCUUCCAACAGCAGGAACAACCACCAUCAAACCCUCACCAACAACACCCAUCAGCACCACCACCUCCGGGACCUCUCCUCCAGCCACAGAAAUCACAACCACCAGCUCACCAAUAACCACCGUGCCCACCUCACCUACAAGCACUGCCACCACCUCCUCCACCAGCUGCCAGCCACGAUGUGCCUGGACACAGUGGUUUGACGUGGACUCCCCUAGCUCUGGCAGCGAGGGAGGAGACAUGGAGACCUUUGAGAACAUCCGAGCUGCCGGCUUCCAAGUGUGUGCAAAGCCUAAAGACAUCGAGUGCCAGGCUGAAAACUACCCCGACACCAGCCUGGAGAACCUGGGCCAGAAAAUUCAGUGCAGCCUCGAUGUGGGGCUGGUGUGCAGAAACGAGGAUCAGAUCAGCAAGUACCCCAUGUGCUUCAACUACCAGGUCAGGCUGUACUGCUGUGACCAGCAACACUGCGAAACAACUGUGGCACCCCCAGGCACCACCACAAGGUCCCCAGCCACACCGUCUCCCACAGAAACCUCCACUCUAACAACUGAGACUCCAGCAUCAACUACUACUGCCUCCACCCUCCCCACGUCAAAAUGGACAACCACCGAGGGCACAACAGUCAUACAAAAAACCUCGGCCACUCCAACAGAAGAAGGCACCACCACCACCAAGUCCACACCAAGAGCCACCACCACACCCGCCAGCACUGCUCUCACCUCCAGGACCUCUCCUCCUCCAACAGAAGGCACCACCGCCACCAAGUCCACACCAAGAGCCACCACCACCACACCCGCCAGCACUGCUCUCACCUCCAGGACCUCCCCUCUUCCAACAGCAGGAACAACCACCAUCAAACCCUCACCAACAACACCCAUCAGCACCACCACCUCCGGGACCUCUCCUCCAGCCACAGAAAUCACAACCACCAGCUCACCAAUAACCACCGUGCCCACCUCACCUACAAGCACUGCCACCACCUCCUCCACCAGCUGCCAGCCACGAUGUGCCUGGACACAGUGGUUUGACGUGGACUCCCCUAGCUCUGGCAGCGAGGGAGGAGACAUGGAGACCUUUGAGAACAUCCGAGCUGCCGGCUUCCAAGUGUGUGCAAAGCCUAAAGACAUCGAGUGCCAGGCUGAAAACUACCCCGACACCAGCCUGGAGAACCUGGGCCAGAAAAUUCAGUGCAGCCUCGAUGUGGGGCUGGUGUGCAGAAACGAGGAUCAGAUCAGCAAGUACCCCAUGUGCUUCAACUACCAGGUCAGGCUGUACUGCUGUGACCAGCAACACUGCGAGACAACUGUGGCACCCCCAGGCACCACCACAAGGUCCCCAGCCACACCGUCUCCCACAGAAACCUCCACUCUAACAACUGAGACUCCAGCAUCAACUACUACUGCCUCCACCCUCCCCACGUCAAAAUGGACAACCACUGAGGGCACAACAGUCAUACAAAAAACUUCGGCCACGCCAACAGAAGAAGGCACCACCACCACCAAGUCCACACCAAGAGCCACCACCAGCACACCCGCCAGCACUACUGUCACCUCCAGGACCUCCCCUCUUCCAACAGCAGGAACAACCACCAUCAAACCCUCACCAACAACACCCAUCAGCACCACCACCUCCGGGACCUCUCCUCCAGCCACAGAAAUCACAACCACCAGCUCACCAAUAACCACCGUGCCCACCUCACCUACAAGCACUGCCACCACCUCCUCCACCAGCUGCCAGCCACGAUGUGCCUGGACACAGUGGUUUGACGUGGACUCCCCUAGCUCUGGCAGCGAGGGAGGAGACAUGGAGACCUUUGAGAACAUCCGAGCUGCCGGCUUCCAAGUGUGUGCAAAGCCUAAAGACAUCGAGUGCCAGGCUGAAAACUACCCCGACACCAGCCUGGAGAACCUGGGCCAGAAAAUUCAGUGCAGCCUCGAUGUGGGGCUGGUGUGCAGAAACGAGGAUCAGAUCAGCAAGUACCCCAUGUGCUUCAACUACCAGGUCAGGCUGUACUGCUGUGACCAGCAACACUGCGAGACAACUGUGGCACCCCCAGGCACCACCACAAGGUCCCCAGCCACACCGUCUCCCACAGAAACCUCCACUCUAACAACUGAGACUCCAGCAUCAACUACUACUGCCUCCACCCUCCCCACGUCAAAAUGGACAACCACUGAGGGCACAACAGUCAUACAAAAAACCUCGGCCACUCCAACAGAAGAAGGCACCACCACCACCAAGUCCACACCAAGAGCCACCACCACACCCGCCAGCACUGCUCUCACCUCCAGGACCUCUCCUCCUCCAACAGAAGGCACCACCGCCACCAAGUCCACACCAAGAGCCACCACCACCACACCCGCCAGCACUGCUCUCACCUCCAGGACCUCCCCUCUUCCAACAGCAGGAACAACCACCAUCAAACCCUCACCAACAACACCCAUCAGCACCACCACCUCCGGGACCUCUCCUCCAGCCACAGAAAUCACAACCACCAGCUCACCAAUAACCACCGUGCCCACCUCACCUACAAGCACUGCCACCACCUCCUCCACCAGCUGCCAGCCACGAUGUGCCUGGACACAGUGGUUUGACGUGGACUCCCCUAGCUCUGGCAGCGAGGGAGGAGACAUGGAGACCUUUGAGAACAUCCGAGCUGCCGGCUUCCAAGUGUGUGCAAAGCCUAAAGACAUCGAGUGCCAGGCUGAAAACUACCCCGACACCAGCCUGGAGAACCUGGGCCAGAAAAUUCAGUGCAGCCUCGAUGUGGGGCUGGUGUGCAGAAACGAGGAUCAGAUCAGCAAGUACCCCAUGUGCUUCAACUACCAGGUCAGGCUGUACUGCUGUGACCAGCAACACUGCGAGACAACUGUGGCACCCCCAGGCACCACCACAAGGUCCCCAGCCACACCGUCUCCCACAGAAACCUCCACUCUAACAACUGAGACUCCAGCAUCAACUACUACUGCCUCCACCCUCCCCACGUCAAAAUGGACAACCACUGAGGGCACAACAGUCAUACAAAAAACCUCGGCCACUCCAACAGAAGAAGGCACCACCACCACCAAGUCCACACCAAGAGCCACCACCACACCCGCCAGCACUGCUCUCACCUCCAGGACCUCUCCUCCUCCAACAGAAGGCACCACCGCCACCAAGUCCACACCAAGAGCCACCACCAGCACACCCGCCAGCACUACUGUCACCUCCAGGACCUCCCCUCUUCCAACAGCAGGAACAACCACCAUCAAACCCUCACCAACAACACCCAUCAGCACCACCACCUCCGGGACCUCUCCUCCAGCCACAGAAAUCACAACCACCAGCUCACCAAUAACCACCGUGCCCACCUCACCUACAAGCACUGCCACCACCUCCUCCACCAGCUGCCAGCCACGAUGUGCCUGGACACAGUGGUUUGACGUGGACUCCCCUAGCUCUGGCAGCGAGGGAGGAGACAUGGAGACCUUUGAGAACAUCCGAGCUGCCGGCUUCCAAGUGUGUGCAAAGCCUAAAGACAUCGAGUGCCAGGCUGAAAACUACCCCGACACCAGCCUGGAGAACCUGGGCCAGAAAAUUCAGUGCAGCCUCGAUGUGGGGCUGGUGUGCAGAAACGAGGAUCAGAUCAGCAAGUACCCCAUGUGCUUCAACUACCAGGUCAGGCUGUACUGCUGUGACCAGCAACACUGCGAGACAACUGUGGCACCCCCAGGCACCACCACAAGGUCCCCAGCCACACCGUCUCCCACAGAAACCUCCACUCUAACAACUGAGACUCCAGCAUCAACUACUACUGCCUCCACCCUCCCCACGUCAAAAUGGACAACCACUGAGGGCACAACAGUCAUACAAAAAACCUCGGCCACUCCAACAGAAGAAGGCACCACCACCACCAAGUCCACACCAAGAGCCACCACCACACCCGCCAGCACUGCUCUCACCUCCAGGACCUCUCCUCCUCCAACAGAAGGCACCACCGCCACCAAGUCCACACCAAGAGCCACCACCACCACACCCGCCAGCACUGCUCUCACCUCCAGGACCUCCCCUCUUCCAACAGCAGGAACAACCACCAUCAAACCCUCACCAACAACACCCAUCAGCACCACCACCUCCGGGACCUCUCCUCCAGCCACAGAAAUCACAACCACCAGCUCACCAAUAACCACCGUGCCCACCUCACCUACAAGCACUGCCACCACCUCCUCCACCAGCUGCCAGCCACGAUGUGCCUGGACACAGUGGUUUGACGUGGACUCCCCUAGCUCUGGCAGCGAGGGAGGAGACAUGGAGACCUUUGAGAACAUCCGAGCUGCCGGCUUCCAAGUGUGUGCAAAGCCUAAAGACAUCGAGUGCCAGGCUGAAAACUACCCCGACACCAGCCUGGAGAACCUGGGCCAGAAAAUUCAGUGCAGCCUCGAUGUGGGGCUGGUGUGCAGAAACGAGGAUCAGAUCAGCAAGUACCCCAUGUGCUUCAACUACCAGGUCAGGCUGUACUGCUGUGACCAGCAACACUGCGAGACAACUGUGGCACCCCCAGGCACCACCACAAGGUCCCCAGCCACACCGUCUCCCACAGAAACCUCCACUCUAACAACUGAGACUCCAGCAUCAACUACUACUGCCUCCACCCUCCCCACGUCAAAAUGGACAACCACUGAGGGCACAACAGUCAUACAAAAAACCUCGGCCACUCCAACAGAAGAAGGCACCACCACCACCAAGUCCACACCAAGAGCCACCACCACACCCGCCAGCACUGCUCUCACCUCCAGGACCUCUCCUCCUCCAACAGAAGGCACCACCGCCACCAAGUCCACACCAAGAGCCACCACCAGCACACCCGCCAGCACUGCUCUCACCUCCAGGACCUCCCCUCUUCCAACAGCAGGAACAACCACCAUCAAACCCUCACCAACAACACCCAUCAGCACCACCACCUCCGGGACCUCUCCUCCAGCCACAGAAAUCACAACCACCAGCUCACCAAUAACCACCGUGCCCACCUCACCUACAAGCACUGCCACCACCUCCUCCACCAGCUGCCAGCCACGAUGUGCCUGGACACAGUGGUUUGACGUGGACUCCCCUAGCUCUGGCAGCGAGGGAGGAGACAUGGAGACCUUUGAGAACAUCCGAGCUGCCGGCUUCCAAGUGUGUGCAAAGCCUAAAGACAUCGAGUGCCAGGCUGAAAACUACCCCGACACCAGCCUGGAGAACCUGGGCCAGAAAAUUCAGUGCAGCCUCGAUGUGGGGCUGGUGUGCAGAAACGAGGAUCAGAUCAGCAAGUACCCCAUGUGCUUCAACUACCAGGUCAGGCUGUACUGCUGUGACCAGCAACACUGCGAGACAACUGUGGCACCCCCAGGCACCACCACAAGGUCCCCAGCCACACCGUCUCCCACAGAAACCUCCACUCUAACAACUGAGACUCCAGCAUCAACUACUACUGCCUCCACCCUCCCCACGUCAAAAUGGACAACCACUGAGGGCACAACAGUCAUACAAAAAACCUCGGCCACUCCAACAGAAGAAGGCACCACCACCACCAAGUCCACACCAAGAGCCACCACCACACCCGCCAGCACUGCUCUCACCUCCAGGACCUCUCCUCCUCCAACAGAAGGCACCACCGCCACCAAGUCCACACCAAGAGCCACCACCAGCACACCCGCCAGCACUACUGUCACCUCCAGGACCUCCCCUCUUCCAACAGCAGGAACAACCACCAUCAAACCCUCACCAACAACACCCAUCAGCACCACCACCUCCGGGACCUCUCCUCCAGCCACAGAAAUCACAACCACCAGCUCACCAAUAACCACCGUGCCCACCUCACCUACAAGCACUGCCACCACCUCCUCCACCAGCUGCCAGCCACGAUGUGCCUGGACACAGUGGUUUGACGUGGACUCCCCUAGCUCUGGCAGCGAGGGAGGAGACAUGGAGACCUUUGAGAACAUCCGAGCUGCCGGCUUCCAAGUGUGUGCAAAGCCUAAAGACAUCGAGUGCCAGGCUGAAAACUACCCCGACACCAGCCUGGAGAACCUGGGCCAGAAAAUUCAGUGCAGCCUCGAUGUGGGGCUGGUGUGCAGAAACGAGGAUCAGAUCAGCAAGUACCCCAUGUGCUUCAACUACCAGGUCAGGCUGUACUGCUGUGACCAGCAACACUGCGAGACAACUGUGGCACCCCCAGGCACCACCACAAGGUCCCCAGCCACACCGUCUCCCACAGAAACCUCCACUCUAACAACUGAGACUCCAGCAUCAACUACUACUGCCUCCACCCUCCCCACGUCAAAAUGGACAACCACUGAGGGCACAACAGUCAUACAAAAAACCUCGGCCACUCCAACAGAAGAAGGCACCACCACCACCAAGUCCACACCAAGAGCCACCACCACACCCGCCAGCACUGCUCUCACCUCCAGGACCUCUCCUCCUCCAACAGAAGGCACCACCGCCACCAAGUCCACACCAAGAGCCACCACCACCACACCCGCCAGCACUGCUCUCACCUCCAGGACCUCCCCUCUUCCAACAGCAGGAACAACCACCAUCAAACCCUCACCAACAACACCCAUCAGCACCACCACCUCCGGGACCUCUCCUCCAGCCACAGAAAUCACAACCACCAGCUCACCAAUAACCACCGUGCCCACCUCACCUACAAGCACUGCCACCACCUCCUCCACCAGCUGCCAGCCACGAUGUGCCUGGACACAGUGGUUUGACGUGGACUCCCCUAGCUCUGGCAGCGAGGGAGGAGACAUGGAGACCUUUGAGAACAUCCGAGCUGCCGGCUUCCAAGUGUGUGCAAAGCCUAAAGACAUCGAGUGCCAGGCUGAAAACUACCCCGACACCAGCCUGGAGAACCUGGGCCAGAAAAUUCAGUGCAGCCUCGAUGUGGGGCUGGUGUGCAGAAACGAGGAUCAGAUCAGCAAGUACCCCAUGUGCUUCAACUACCAGGUCAGGCUGUACUGCUGUGACCAGCAACACUGCGAGACAACUGUGGCACCCCCAGGCACCACCACAAGGUCCCCAGCCACACCGUCUCCCACAGAAACCUCCACUCUAACAACUGAGACUCCAGCAUCAACUACUACUGCCUCCACCCUCCCCACGUCAAAAUGGACAACCACUGAGGGCACAACAGUCAUACAAAAAACCUCGGCCACUCCAACAGAAGAAGGCACCACCACCACCAAGUCCACACCAAGAGCCACCACCACACCCGCCAGCACUGCUCUCACCUCCAGGACCUCUCCUCCUCCAACAGAAGGCACCACCGCCACCAAGUCCACACCAAGAGCCACCACCACCACACCCGCCAGCACUACUGUCACCUCCAGGACCUCCCCUCUUCCAACAGCAGGAACAACCAUCAUCAAACCCUCACCAACAACACCCAUCAGCACCACCACCUCCGGGACCUCUCCUCCAGCCACAGAAAUCACAACCACCAGCUCACCAAUAACCACCGUGCCCACCUCACCUACAAGCACUGCCACCACCUCCUCCACCAGCUGCCAGCCACGAUGUGCCUGGACACAGUGGUUUGACGUGGACUCCCCUAGCUCUGGCAGCGAGGGAGGAGACAUGGAGACCUUUGAGAACAUCCGAGCUGCCGGCUUCCAAGUGUGUGCAAAGCCUAAAGACAUCGAGUGCCAGGCUGAAAACUACCCCGACACCAGCCUGGAGAACCUGGGCCAGAAAAUUCAGUGCAGCCUCGAUGUGGGGCUGGUGUGCAGAAACGAGGAUCAGAUCAGCAAGUACCCCAUGUGCUUCAACUACCAGGUCAGGCUGUACUGCUGUGACCAGCAACACUGCGAAACAACUGUGGCACCCCCAGGCACCACCACAAGGUCCCCAGCCACACCGUCUCCCACAGAAACCUCCACUCUAACAACUGAGACUCCAGCAUCAACUACUACUGCCUCCACCCUCCCCACGUCAAAAUGGACAACCACUGAGGGCACAACAGUCAUACAAAAAACCUCGGCCACUCCAACAGAAGGCACCACCACCACCAAGUCCACACCAAGAGCCACCACCACACCCACCAGCACUGCUCUCACCUCCAGGACCUCUCCUCCUCCAACAGAAGGCACCACCACCACCAAGUCCACACCAAGAGCCACCACCAGCACACCCGCCAGCACUACUGUCACCUCCAGGACCUCCCCUCUUCCAACAGCAGGAACAACCACCAUCAAACCCUCACCAACAACACCCAUCAGCACCACCACCUCCGGGACCUCUCCUCCAGCCACAGAAAUCACAACCACCAGCUCACCAAUAACCACCGUGCCCACCUCACCUACAAGCACUGCCACCACCUCCUCCAGAUCCAUAGCACCUGCAACUGGAACACCACAAUCAACUCAUCUUACAACAAGCACUUUGGCAACCUUCACUUCUUCCUUCAGCACACCUUUUACAACAGAAAGUGCAUAUGUUACAUCAAGUCAAACAACUCAAUGUUUUUGUCAUGUGUUUGGUGAUUUGUUUUCUCCUGGGGAAGUUGUAUACAACAGAACAGAUAGUGCUGGCUGUAACUUUUAUGGACUUUGCAACACGAAAUGUGAAGUUGAUGCAUUUCAAGGGCUAUGUCCUUCAACAGCUCCUUUCACUUCAGCAACCGCCGGAACUGCAACACAAGCCUCAUCAUCUGCACUACCUGUUUUUUCUUCUGCCUCACCAAUCACAGCAACAUCCCUUACAACUUCAGUUGAAAGAAACUGUACUGAUGUCAAUCCUCCACGAAAGCCUGGAGAGAAAUGGAAGAGUGCAUGCCAGGAAUGUGUCUGUGACCCACUUACUGUUACUGUGCAAUGCCAACCACCCCCCUGCCAAACAAAUGAGCUACCUGUUUGUCCAGAAGGAUUUUUUGCCAUGUCUGUAUUACCAAAAGAUCCAUGUUGUCCUGAAUUUAAAUGCGAAAUGAUACCUGGUACUUGUGUGGUUAAUCAUACAGUUUAUAUGGUUGGAAUGUCCAUGGUAAUCGACUCGUGUAAGAAUUGUACCUGCACUUCCGAAAAAGAUCCCGUGAGUAACAACAACAUUCUGCAAUGCGAACCAGUUCACUGUGAAACAUCUUGCCCUCUGGGUUAUGAGUAUAAGCUAGAGGAUGGAGAGUGCUGUGGGAAGUGUGUUGAAGCAGCCUGCAGAAUCAGACUGAGUAAUAACACUGUUCAGGUUCUCAGUCUUGAUGAGAUCCUGCCACUUGACCUCUGUAGCUAUUACAAAUGUGAGAAAAUUGAAGAUCAAUUUGUUGCAGUCCAAACUAAAAAAACAUGCCCCGAAUUCAAGCCAGGAGAGUGUGAUCUUGAUGAAGCAGAGACUACUCCUGAUGGCUGCUGCAAGAUAUGCAAACCUCCAAACUGCAAAGCUUACAGCAAAAAAACAGUGAUCCGCCAUGGUGAAUGCGAAUCUUCUCAACCUGUUGAAUUGGGAUACUGUGAAGGAACUUGUCCUGGCUCCUCAGUGUAUUCCAUCGAAGCAAACCAGAUGCAGCAUGACUGUAGCUGUUGCCAGGAGCUCAAGAGCCAGACAAGAGAGGUGACCCUGACGUGCCAAAAUGGAACAAGCAUCAGUUAUAACUAUGUCUAUGUGGAACAAUGCCAGUGCAUGAACGCAUGCAUUUCAGAAGCCCCUGGAACAGGAGUUUCCCAAUGGAAGAAAAGCAGCGGAAGAAAGAGAUGA